CCAUCCCAUCCCAUAUCACCACCACCACCACCACCACCACCACCACAGUCCUCCUCUUCCCAUUCCCACCACAAAACGAAAAUCCACAGUCGAUCGCCGGCCCAUCGACUGAACCCCCACCAUCACCCAUCAUCACCACUAAUUCCUAAUCCCUGACCCACCACCACCACCACCACCAUGAGCUCCAGAUCCCGCAGCUCCGGCACGUCGCCGCUGUCAAUCGACAUGCUGCACCGCGUGCUGCAGCAGACGCUUCUCAACCCAGUCCUAGUCUGGUUCGUCCCGCUCGCGUUCCGGGCGCAGACGUUCCAGUACCACCACCCGCCUUUAUACCUCUCUGCACUCUACGCGGCGAUCAUCACGACGCUCUGGCUGUUAAACUACUUCAACACGCAGCUGGCAUUCGGGCCAGCGCGCGAAUUCGACUGGACGGAGGAGGUAGUGCUGAUCACGGGCGGCGGGUCUGGGCUCGGCCUGCUGAUCGCGGAGGUGUACGGGAUGCGCGGCGUGACCGUCGCGGUGCUCGACAAGAACGUGGCGGACGAGGGCGAGAGCGAGGCGCGGAACGUGUACUUCUACCGGUGCGACGUGGGGGAUCUCGCGGCCGUCGAGGCCGCCAAAAAGCGCGUUGAGGAGGAGCUCGGAACCGUUACCGUGCUCAUCAAUAAUGCCGCUGUCGUCCAUGGGAAGCCGCUGCUGCAGAUGUCCGCCGAGGAUGUCGAGACGAGCUUCCGCACGAAUAUCAUGGCGCACUAUAACACCCUCAGGCUGUUCCUCCCCGGCAUGAUUAAGGAGGGCAAGGGAAGCGUCAUCACCGUUUCUAGUGUGCUCGCUACGCUCCCGCCAAAGAUGUGCUCGCUGUAUGCGCCGACGAAGGCGGCGGCCACGGCGCUGCACCAUGCCCUGACGGCCGAGUUCGAGGAGUACCCGUUCAUCAAGACGUUGCUGGUUACGCCGGGACAGAUGAGUACGCCGCUGUUCAACGGCGUGCGCACGCCGAAUGGCUUUUUCGCACCGGAGUUGGAGCCGGUGGAUGUGGCUAAGGAGGUGAUUGCGGCGAUUGAUCAGGGCAGGGGUGGAGAGAUUGCUAUGCCUUUGUUUUCGAGGUGGGCGGCGGUUUACUGGGUUUUGCCAGCGAGCUUGAGAAAGUUGCUUAGAGCGUGGAGUGGGAUGGAUAAGGCGAUGGAGGGGUUCAGGGGGACUGCGAAGAAGGAGGAGUGAUUCUGGGACCGAUUUUCAUGCGUAAUGUGGGCAUGCAUUGUUGUUCAGUCAUUCUACGAUUUUGUCAUUUGUCUUGAGCUAUACCAUUUGGAGUUGGUGGUGCGGGGGAGAAUAGGAUGGGAGUUCAGGUCGUG